AUGGUCCCUUCCACAUUUCAACAAGUAAUAGAUUCAAUGCUGGUAGGCAGUAAUUUUGCUGUCGCCUAUUUUGACAAUAUCCUAAUAAAAAGCAAAUCACAAAAGCAACAUGUAGAACAUGUAAAAAGGGUAUUCGAAAAGGUAAGAGAAUAUGGUUUUAAGUUGAGUGAAGAAAAGUGCCAGUUCUUUCUGAAAAAAAUUAAAUACUUGGGUCAGAUUAUAAAUAAAAACGAAUGGGAACCAGAUCCAUCCAGAGCAACUGUGGUAAAAAAAAAUAUGCCUACGCAAUUUGUGUCGUUUGGGUUUCAAAAGUUUUGCAAAAUGUUCACUGUAGAACAUGUAACUAUGGUGCCAUACUAUUCCAGAUCUAAUGAACAAGCAGAAUGCUUUGGUGAUACGUUCAAGAGAGCCCUAAGAAAGUCGAAUAAAGAAGUCAUGGAUGAGGUAGUUCUACAACAAAUCAUAUACUCUCAUGAAGUAUCUAUCAUACCAAACCUAACAAAAACUCACUUAUCCUAUAAAGGCACAAAGCAUGAAUCAGUAAGUGCUGUUCCAAAGAAAGGAUGCUCCAAAAUGAUGGAAAUGUGGUUUGAUUAUCUUCAAAACUGGCGGACAGCUCACAAGGAAGCAAAACAGAAUACCAACAAUGUACACAUGGUUCUAAUUGAUGCAUACCACUUAAGCAAAAGAGAUCAUCUGCAGUAUAUCCCUCAAUUCUAA